AUGGUUACCGCACUGGGUAUGUGCAGUAAAGAUGGAACAAGUGGUCCUUUACACCCUGUCACCUUCUCUGAUCCCGGCCAUUUGUUCUUCUUCGAUCGGCUAAGGUAUCAACGUUUAACUGGCCGAUUUUGUGACACCACUAUCAUCAUUAACAACAAGACCGAGUUCCGGGCUCAUAGAAAUAUAUUGGCCGCCUAUAGUCCUUAUUUUGAUUCCGUUUUAACUUUUAAUCGAGUGGCCAACGAGAAGAUUAUGUUGAACAAGGACAAGUAUAGUGAGGACGCCAUGAGAGUUAUUCUCAACUACAUGUACGGAGAAAGCAUUGUGAUUGACAGGACCAACGUGAAGGAUGUUUUGAAAUUGGCCAACGAUCUAAUUGUAUGUUUUUGAGAAAGUUGAGAGAUGUUUUUAGAUUGUUCGGAUCAAAAAUCACUGUUUGGACUAUCUGGAGAGGAAUUUGGAUGCGUCCAACUGUCUCACUAUUAAGACUUUGGCCGAAAAUUACGCAGUGCAGAAACUAAUCAACAAAUCUAUUGAUUACUUCAAACGGAAUAUUGAUACAAUUCUCUUGCAUAACACAGAUAUAUUAUCCAUGCCAUUCAAAGAUGUUAAGCUUUUGUUACAACGUUACGAAAACCAUAUUCAUCCUGAUAUCGCCUUCGGGUAAGUGUUAUCUUCUGAUGUUAUGGGAGUUUUAGAUUGAUUGUGCGUUGGGUAAAUCAUGACCUGCCCAAAAGAGAACAUCACUUUGGUCACAUGACUAAAAGGACUGAUAUAUCGAAAGUAACAGUAACAAAGUUGGAGAGUAUUCUUGAUUUUAACCCAUUCUUUAUGCACUCCGAAAGGAGUUUGUACAUAUUAUUAACUGAGAUGUGAGUGGAUUUUCAACUAAGGGAACUUGAUAUUGUUUUAGGAAGAACAAAGGUAUUUUGAUGGAGAAAUAUAUCCAAAAAACUAUGGAACUUGAAGCAAAAUAUGGCUUCGAAAACCCCGAAACAGCCUUGGAUUCGGAAAUGGAUGAAAGUCAGAUCUCGGACGGCGAGAAUAUACAGUAGGCUUUGUUGCUUCUUUUUUACCCUUUUUUUUGUUUCUUAUUUUUGUUUGUAUCUUUGCAGUGACGGCGUCCACGAAGGUCAGCCAUUGAAAAUAAGAUUAAAAGUCGGAAAGAAGAGAAAAGGUAAUCUCCUUUGCAAAAAACAUAGUGGUGUUUUAGGGAAACCACAUUCAGAUGGUGGUCAUCGGAAGAGAGGAAGGCCAAGAGUUCAUCGGCCAGUCCUCAAUGACCUUGGGCCUGAUGUUGAAGAAGAACCGGAGAGUAUAUUCUAUCAGUUUGAUGAAGAGAACGACACGGUUACUGUAAGUUGAACUAACUGUCAAUUCCUUUUUUCAUUUCAAUCUUUUUAAAGAUUUGAUUUUUUAAGGCAUUCGAAGAGCCUGAUGAGACUGAUCCAGCUGAUGUUAUUCCUGAAGGCCAAGAGAAUAUGGAUGAGGAAGAUGCUGUACCUGUGAGUUAUUUGAACCAUAAAACUAGUUUGAUUACAGUAUGACUGUGCCUGUGAAUAUUGCGAUUACAAAGCCUCGAAUCGGGAUCGUCUAAAGAAACACAAUGCUACCGCUCAUUCCCUGAACGUUCUUUACUUUUGCACCAUCUGUAACUUUGAAUGUCGAUGGAAUCACAACUUUUAUGAACACAUGCGUCAGCAUUUCCAGGCAGGUCAUCUAAACGGCUGUGUGGAUAUUAUCCAUGACUUGGGGAAGAGCAAUAAGCCAGAUUAUUUGGUUAGAAAUAAUUUAAGAUAUGAUUAAGGUUGAGCAUUCCCUGCAUACGUGCUGAUUGCUGAUUUUCCCGCUCUCUUCAUUAUUCCUUCAGGUCAUUACAUCGAAAUCCAAGAAGAGCUUCGGCUUUGUCUUUUUUCGGCACUCACUUCCGCUUGCAAACUUUUUAAAUAACACAUGCAGUAUAAUGCGGAUAUGGUAAUAAGAAGGGGGAAUGUUUUGGCCGCAGGGCUUACGUCAAAUGGGAUUAUCUUCCCCUUAAACAGUCUUCACGCACGCCUUUUCGUUAUCCAUCUGAUUCGGUAGAGUCGGGUAGUUUUACAGUGCACAUCUCUUUGGAUGGCAUACUGUAGGUUCCCACCGCUUACUCAAUUACUUUCAGACCGUCCCAUUUCAAUGUGAGUUCUGUUCGUAUAGUGUUGAUCGCAUGCACGUCCUUCUCUCCCACAGAUUGACGCACAGUAAGUUCCAUUUGUAUUAUACUUGACCUAACGUUGGGCUUAAUGUUGAGAAAAUUGUUAAUUAUAUUUACUUUUUAAAAUAUAAUUUCUCUUAAUCUUCCAGAUAUUGUCUUCAUCAUCAUUUGUAUUAGGUUAGUUUUAGUUAAAUAAACCUUCUACAAGAAGAUUAGGUCUACAAGGAUAAGGUCUGGGAAAUCGUCGACGACGUUUCCUACGAUGACGUUCUUCUCCUUUCUGCAUCUAUUCCCGCUAUAAUCCCCUACGUUUCAGCGGACGAGAAACCAUACAAGUGCACGGACUGCGAUUUCAGAUCAAGGUCUAAGACAAAUCUCGUGGUCCAUUAUCGAGUUCACAGUGGCGAACGCCCAUUCGAGUGCAAGUCAUGUGGUAAGUAGCAUGAUUAAUACGGAUACCAGUUUAAAUUAUGGUUUAAGUUUACAAAGAAAAUCUUCGUAACCUAAAUUUACAUUGAUUUAGGUAAGCGUUUUGCUGUCAGACGCACCUUGGAUCAACACAUGGCCACCCAUUCAGGAAAUAGGUAUAAUCGUUGUUCCCUUUAAUAUGAAGAACCAUAUUGUUUUAGGCCCUUCCAAUGUGAUCAAUGCCCAUUUACGACAAAAUAUCAAAGUCAUCUGGUCUCGCAUCGCAGAAUUCACACGGGAGAUCUCUUUCGAUGUCAGGAACCUGGCUGCGAAUAUGUGUCUCCAAAGAAGAGCCAACUCGCGGCACAUCUUCGAACACAUUUGGCUGUUAGACCACAUCAAUGUAAAACUUGUAAUCGAUCGUUUAUCGAGAGAUCUCAUCUGGUCAGACAUGAAAGGAUACAUCUCAAGGAUAAACCUUUCAAAUGCGAGCUCUGCGAUUACGCAUCUUCUAGGAGAGACAAACUAAAAGAGCAUUUCUUGAAACAUCACACCGCAACCAGUAAGAGUAAGCAAUACCGCCAUAAGGACAAAAAGAAGAGCCAUGAGGCAACGAUGACAGCAGAAAAGGCCAAGGUAAGUUUGACAGUGGCACACCAAAGUUUUAUUUCCAGUUCCUAUCUCCUGGCUAUGUCUUCCGCCCAAUAACUCAAGACUUUGAUCGUCGAGAACAUUCGAAUAGCGUCCCCAUGGGUGGAUAUGAUGAAGAACUGAUCGAACUCAACAUGCAAGGUCAUUCCAAUCCCUCGAUUCUCCCGCCAAAUCAAAUCCAACGUCAACUCAGCGUCCCCAUCGACUUCUGUCACAACCAGGAAAUGCCUCCCAUGCCAGAAUCUAGCCAGAUGGGUCAUCCACCCAUCUCCAAUAUGAUGUUCGAAGGGACGAUGAUCCCUCCCGGCUCUCAUUCCCGGUCAUAUUCGAAUACGGACAUGCCUCAGAGUUCGUUUAAUCAACUCCCCAGCUCCUCGUUGAGUCUAGACAACUAUCCAGUGGACUUUACAAAUCAGCCGAGACCUCCCCCUGACAACUCCAUCCCUGUCAGUCAGAUCAGCAGUGACAUGAGGAACACUGUCUCCAUUGAAUAUGGGGGAUACAUUGAUAAUUUGAGCGGCCAAAUGAUGCAGCCAGUGGAACGACCGCGGAGUCAUCCCGCCCUCAGAUACCCCCAGGGCCCAACCGACUUCAACAACAUCAGAUCUCACCAACAACCGGGCUCCUCGCAUUCCACUCAACCUCCACACGACCGAAACGAGUGGUAUUAA